AUGGCAUUUAACAAAGUCUCGCAAUUUACCAUCUUUCGUGGCCCUGGAAAACCAACCGCCUUUCCAUGGUCCCCCUUCGUCAUCAAACUCGAAGCUCGUCUUCGUUUCGCCAGCGUGUCCUACAGGGUAGCCGAAGGAUCACCGAAAACUGCACCACGAGGAAAGAUCCCAUACAUUGAAGCUGAAGGCGAGACUCUUAGCGACUCGACGUAUAUUAUCAAACGAUUUAUCGACAAUGGUCUCAUUCCUGAUCUUAACGCAAGCUUGACCCCUGUUCAGAAAGCACAAGAUCUUGCGUUUAGAGCUCUUUUGGAAGAAAAGGUUUACUUUUACGGCACUCGCGAGAAAUGGUGUGAUAAUUAUUACAUCAUGCGUUCCAACAUCUUUGCUUCUAUGCCGUGGCUUCUACAGGUCGUUAUAGGAUAUUUAGCUGCUCGUGCAAAUGCAAGAACUGCGUAUGGACAAGGAACGGGCCGUUUGACAGAUGAAGAAGUCAACGAGUUAAGAGAGGAAGUUUGGCAGAGUGUUGAAGCUUUACUUGCUGAGGCGAGGAUGAGGAACAAGGGCGAUGGACCGUUCUGGGCUCUUGGUGGUGAUGAGCCUACGGAAGUUGAUGCGACGAUAUUUGGCUUUAUUGCUUCGUCGUUGAUCUGUGAAGCGUGA